UUUUCCUACAAAGUUUAUUUUUGCGUAGCUUUUAAUUAUGUUAAGAUUUACUAUAAACCAGUGAUUAAUAUACACAUAUUGAGGAUGGAGUCGUCAGCGUUACAGGCUACAAAUAGCGUUUGCGUGAAAAUUGAGCCCUGUGAGGAUGUGUGUAUACCAGAUGAGGCCACGUUCGACGGAGUGUAUGUGAAACCUGAGCCUUUACUGACUGUAUGUGUAAAAGACGAGCCCAGGUGCGAGGGUGUGUGGAUAAAAGCGGAGCCUUCGUGCUCAGAUGUGUGUGUAAAAGACGAGACGCUUGGCGGGACUGCGGCGGAGCUGUGCGCCGACGACGCAGUUAAAAAUGAGCCCGUGCUCUGCCCCGAGCUAGUCGAGCAGCGCAGCGUGCGCCACGCACCAACAGGGCAAACACCAAAGAAGAAACCAACCCAGAAAAGUUAUGUAUGCCCCCACUGUGGGUAUGAAUCAGCUAUAAAACUCUGCUUAGAUAGGCAUUUGAGCAGGCACACUAAUGAGAAGCCAUACAGAUGUAAUCACUGUAGCUAUGCUAGCAGCCGAAAAGAUGCUUUGGUAGUUCAUAUAAGGAAACACACUGGCGAAAAACCAUACAAGUGCGAGCAAUGUAGUUUCGCCACUGCCCACAAAAGUACUUUGCAACUUCAUGCAAGGGGGCAUAGGAUGAAUAUAAGUGAGAAACCUUACAAGUGUGACCGUAGUGAUUUACAAACACAUGAAAUGAUAGACACUGGCGACACUGGUGGUACACUUUAUAAAUGUGACCACUGCACUUAUGCUAGCGGACGUAAAGUUAAUGUGCAAACUCAUGCAAGGAUACAUAGGAAUGGUGAACAUAAGCCGUACAAGAUGUUACAUCUAUAUUUUCAAGGGGGUAAACCCUAAGGUUAUUUAUAAAA